UUGGUGUUCGCGGUAAGCCCUCAGAUAUUAUCAAGUAUUAUUAAAGGUAUUAUGGUGCCCUUAGUCAAAUUCUCUAUUCCUUAGUGGACUACCCUAAGCGACCAGGCGCUUGUUCUAGUUCAAGCCUCUGCCGCUAGAUGCCGCUUACCUCACUGGCGCCAAUCAGCGCUAGUAUCGCGCGGCACGGUGGCACACUGCGCCAAGUUGCGGCCACCUGCGGCCUCAGUCGCGCAUGCCACACGCUGCCGCACCCAGUUUCCGAACGGCGUGCGCCAUUUUAGGUUAUUAUCACAAAUUAUUUUUAUCGCGAUUCCGCAAAUAACAUGGGCUGGUCGAACGAAAAGUUACUAAACUUCAUCAACGACUACAAAAAAUGCAAAGUACUAUGGGACAUAAGGAACCCCAACUAUAAACACAACAACAAGAAACGUAAAAUCCUUAUCGCUUUCGGACAGAAGUACGGAAUGGACGAGGGCAGUGUAAGGAAGAAAAUAAAGAAUUUAAGGAGUGCGUUUCACAGGGAACACCAUCGGUUGACGAGUAAGAUGAAGGAUGACCAUGAAAGCGAUGAGGUUCGGAAAUGGUUUGCGUAUGACGCCUUGAAGUUUAUACUUGACGUCUCGGAGCCUUACAUGACUAAAAGGGAAGAACUGUCACACUCUGCUGAAGAAUCAUUUCAAGAAGAAGAUUACGAAAACGAAGAGGAACCUUUUGAUAUAAGCACUCAAUACAUUCAAGUAAUGGACGAAUCACCAGAAAGACCCAAGAGUCCAGAAAAUAAACAAAAGUACCAAAACCCUGUAAUAACUAGUAACGAGGAAGAUGAAUAUGAUCUUUUUGGUCGCUCUUUGACAAUGCAGUUGAGAAAAAUGCCAGAAUUAGUAGCGUUAGACUUAAUGCAGAAAAUGCAACUCAUGGUGUUCAACGCGAAAAAACAACUAAGCAAAGCGAAGAACAAGACAAAAGUGAAAUUACCUCAACCGGUCCAAUCCACAAGCAAGAAGAGAAUUCGUUCACUGUCUCCAAUAUCCCCUCGGUCAUCACCCAUGUACAAGUUUGAAACCAUUAGCCCUGAUGAUACUUGUGUGGAGGACAAUACAGAUAAAGAUUUCUACGAGUAUAUGAUAACUAUAGAAGAUGAUAAACCGGGCAGUGAAGGAAUAAAUAAAAAUGCAAGCAACGAUUUAAAGCAACAGAUGAAAAUAAAAAGUUUAAAGUCGAUUGAUCCUCUAGAAGUGAAACGUAUUAAAGAUUAAUAAAAUGCAAUAAACUUUAUUCAGUAAUUUUUCGAAUUGAGUUAUUCUACAUUUCUACGCAUCCCUCGAGGAAAUACUGCAUUUCCUUGUCAUACAGUCUAUGCCAUAGAGAAAUAAGCGAAGUCAUAGAGUGCUCACUCCAUACCUCAGUUUUGGUACCAAAAUGCUUAUUAUAUUCGCAGUCGACAUCUAGCAUCAAGUAGCGGAACUCUCAGUACUGCUACUCGACAAUACAUAUCGCGGCAAACAAAAAGUCUAAUGCUCAACGAUUUCCCGCUAAUAUUAUAACCAGAGUGACCGUAACUCUAUUUUCAACUCCUACGCUUAUCUGGUUAUAAUAUUAGCUAAAAAUCGU